AUGCUUUUCAAAAAGCUCAAGUCUUCUCUUUUCUUGGUAAGCUCGCUUCUGGCUACAAAGGCACUAGGCGCCUUUUGGGAAAUGGGUGGUGACAUUUACUGUCAUGAUCCAAGCGUUAUUAAGGAAGGCGACCGUUGGUACGCGUUCUGCACCGGUGAAGGUAUCCAAGUGUUGACCUCUUCGGAUUCAGGGGCAACAUGGGUCCGUGCUCCCCAGAUCUUUUUGUCAGAGCUCUCUUGGUGGUCUAACUCUGUCCCGCAGCAUUCUGGUUUGGAUGUAUGGGCUCCUGAUGUCGAAUACUUUAACGGACGCGUUUGGUUAUACUAUUCAAUUAGUACUUUUGGCAGCAAAGUUUCGGCAAUUGGCCUUACUUCUGCAACAUCUAUUGGCGCCGGGGCAUGGCGCGACGACGGCCUUGUAAUGGUUUCGGCCGAUGAUUAUAAUGCCAUAGAUCCAAACCUUGUAGUCGAUCAAUCGGGCAAUCCCUGGUUAGCAUUUGGCUCCUUCUGGGGAGGUCUCAAGAUUACUGCCGUCAACCCUUCGACAAUGAGACCUACCGGACCAAUUUACUCUAUUGCUGCACGUAGUUCUUCUCCCGCCAUUGAGGCUGCCAGCAUCAUUUACCACGAUGGCUACUAUUACUUGUUUAAUAGUAUAGACACGUGUUGCCAGGGUACAAGCAGCACUUACAAGAUCGCAUAUAGUCGAUCCACCAGCAUCACUGGCCCUUACUAUGACAGAAAUGGUAACCCUGCCAUGCAAACUGGCGGCACGGUCCUGGAUGCUGGCAAUGAACAAUGGAUUGGUCCUGGCGGAGAAGAUGUUUACGGAAAUGUCAUUGCCCGUCAUGCAUACGAUGCUUUGGAAAAUGGCGCUGCCAAGUUGCUUAUCAACGAUCUGAACUGGAGCAACGGAUGGCCAACUUACUAA